GUAAAGUUCGUCCCUGCCUCCUUGAAACCCCUCCGUCUUCGCCGCCGAAACCCUACUACUCGAUCUCUCCAGCAGUACCAAGCUGCUCGUUUCAUGGCCACUAUAACUUCUUCUUCCAACAUUAUUAUUCAAAGGCCUGAACUGACCUGUUGUUGAGCCGGUGCUACGUCAAUGCGCAUAGUGCCAACCACGAACUGCAACCUCACAAUCCAUCUUCCGCACACCUCCACUACCGUCACUCUCGCCUGCUGAUCGCCAUGUCUCUGCCGCAUCAUUGAGACAAAACAAACCCCGUGUUCGCGACUUCCCUCACCUCCCCCCAUCGAUCCAUCCGGUGGCUGGAAAGGUUUAAUGACUGUCGCCACGCUCUCCUCACCAGCCUCCCGACCUUAGAUGACCGCCAACCCAACCCCCCAGCUUCUCUGCUCGACAGAACCCAGAGCCGCCGAACGACCGCACCUCGCAUUCCCUAUCUGAUAUAUAAUACAUAAUACCUAGUUUCUUCUUUCCCAAACCCCGAAAAUGGACAAGGCACGCGCCACAGCUGCCUCGACGGCGGUGGCACAGCCGCAGAUGAUCCCGCCGCGAACACCCGCAGGUCCGUCCAAGAGCCAGGCCAAGCCGUCGCCGUUGGCUGUCUCGGUGCCGGCGCCGGCGCCGGCGACUAAGGUGCGCAAUAGCGUGAUGGCACCCGACGCUUUCUCUUCGUCUGUCGUCACAGAGAACGGUAGCUACGAGUUCGAUCGCGUGCUCAAGAGCGGCUACGUGCGCAAGCGGACGCGCAAGACAAAGUCAUGGAAAUCAAUCUACCUCGUCCUCCGCCCAACCUCCAUAUCCAUCUACAAAGACCAAGAGGAAGCCAAGCUGCGCCACAAAAUCCUCCUCUCCGACCUCACCGCCGUCGCCUUCCUCAAAGACCCCAAACAUAAGCGCCACAACGUCUUCGGCCUCUUCUCCCCCUCCCGCAACUACCACCUCGAGGCCCUCUCCAAGUCCGACGCGGCGGAAUGGGUCGACCUGAUCCGACGCGAGGCGCGCAUCGAGGAAGAGGAGGAGGAGAUGUUCCUCGCGUCCCCGACUACGAAUACUACGCACAACUACGCUGGCCUUGAUGCUGAGAUGCGCAAACGCACGGCGGCGGCACUCCGCGACGCACCGCUUGAAACACACCGCGGCUCUUCAUCCCCUGAACCCUCGCCCGCGCGCGUCAGACCAGUCCAUCCCCCGCCUCUGGAUCCGAAGAUCGCAAGGCGCCCUUCGCACUUCGAGUACUCCGGCACGGAACCAGCGUCGCACUCUGAUUUCUCCGACGUAGAGACGCACUUUAACCCCUCUCUCCGCCCCAAAGCCGCAGGCUCCUCGCGGGUCUCCAUUCCCGAGAUUGGGGAAUCGUCCGCCUCCGCUGCUGUUGUGCCAGGGUUGCAACAGCAGCAACAGCAGCAACAACGUCCCAUAAUCGGCGCCCGCAACGGCAGCCAACUCAGCAGCCUCAACCUCACCCCCGACGCCGACCCGGAACGGGUGAUCUGGCAAGGCCACCUGUUGUACCUGAAAUCCAAAUCGGGCGUCCGACAAUGGAAAGACCUCUGGUGCGUCCUUCGCGCGCGCACCUUCGCCCUCUACAAAGACGAGAACGAGUACGCCCCCCUGCUGAUAUUGGAGCUGGGGAAUAUCAUUAAUGUAGUGGAAAUCGACCCUGUGAGCCGCACGAAGAGGAAUUGUCUGCAGGUUAUUACGGAGGAGAGGAGUUAUCGGUUUUGUGCGAGGAGUGAGGAGGGGUUGGAUUUGGCGUUGGGGGGGUUUAAGAGUUUGUUGGUGAGGAGGAGGGAGGGGAGUGUGGGGAGUGGGGGGGCGUGGUUGGGGGUGCGGGGGUUUGAGAGGGGGGGUGGAACGGGGGUGUAUUAUGUGUAUUGUUGA